AUGACUGAAUUCAGUGGAAAUGAGACGGCUCCCUUCUUUGGCUUCCUCGGCGCCGCCGCGGCCCUCGUCUUCUCCUGUAAAUCCCCUCCCGAGGAGGAUUCUCUUGUCCUUGAUUUGGUCGGAUUGACGCGCCGCGGUCCGGUUUGUGUGGCUUUGAUAGCGUUUUUUUGUUUCUGGCAGGCAUGGGGGCGGCGUACGGGACAGCGAAGAGCGGGGUGGGGGUCGCAUCGAUGGGUGUGAUGCGGCCGGAGCUGGUGAUGAAGUCCAUUGUUCCCGUCGUCAUGGCGGGAGUGCUCGGGAUCUACGGCUUGAUCAUCGCAGUUAUCAUUAGCACGGGGAUAAACCCCAAGGCGAAGCCGUAUUACUUGUUCGAUGGGUAUGCACACCUCUCGUCUGGUCUCGCGUGCGGUCUCGCGGGGCUCUCCGCGGGGAUGGCUAUCGGAAUCGUUGGGGACGCUGGAGUGCGGUAACUUAUCUUCUUGACAUCCUUUUCCUUCGUCAUCGAUCAUGUAUGAUCCAUGCGACCUGCUUGUUUAUACUCGGUUUUCUAUUUUCAUUUUCUUCCCUUGUCGACGGGUGUUAGUGAUUCAUAUAUUAUAGUAUGGGUUGUGCUACCUGAUGAUCCGCUAGUUGUUUUGAAAACUUUUACGGGCGCAAGUUGAUAUCUUGGGAGGAAAAAUGUUCGAAAUGGUCGGAUGAAAUUUAUGUUGGAUAUCGAAUGUUUAUAGUUCCAAGAAAAUUAGUUUUUUUCCCACUUGUUAAAGUUCUUAAUGCAAAACUCAAUUCAAUUGUAGCAUUGGUGGGCGCUGAGGGGUUCCUACAACCAUGUUUUUAGUUCUAAGUACGGAACUUCAUUUCUUUACUGAUUUCUGAAGAUUAUAAACAUCUCCAAGAAGGAGAGGAGAAAAUAUGACCUCCCAGUCCCAAUGAGUAAAAGAUUAGUUCCGUGAUUCUAUUCGUUGAUCAGACAAUUUAAUGGCAUGUAAAUUAGACCUUUGCCACUAUGUUCCUUCUGAAUGUUAUAUUCACCAGAAUUUCCCAUGCAAAUCCAGACUUUGUAGACUUAAAACAAGAACAUAAGAUUCAGUAGUUAUAAGUUAAACCAUUUUAGUGGCUGUAAUUUAUUUUGAUAUUCCAUUCUCUCUAAGCUAAAUCUUAUCUCCAUUUAUUUUGACAUGGUUUUUGACAAUAAAUGAAAGAGUUGAUCACGUGACGUGUACGAAUAAUUAUUUUCGUGGGUUCAUAUUGGUAAUUAUUUUUCUGUGAUCAAACUCUUUAUCCUUCUUUCAAGUCCUUCAAGUGUUACGUGAUGUAGAGAUUUUCAGUGUUGUAAUGAUUAGUAGCGCAUAACAUUGUUCAUAAACUUAUUUAUUCUGUUUUGGAUGAAUAAAUGAAUGUCAGUGCGUACAAGCUUUUGGUUCUCUGUUAAAAAGUUAAAUGUACCCCAUAUGAUUAGAGAAAUUUGACCUUCGACUACAAAGAUAAGGUAGAAGAAGGAACAUAAGAUCCUCCCCCUCUUUCUCCCCUUUGUAAAGAAAUCCAUUCUUUCUUUCCUAAAAUUUUCUCUGAUGGUCCCUUCCGCUGGAAGAUAGUCCUUAUCCCUCAAGAGCAUAGUUUAUACCCUGGACGAUAGUCAGGAAACAGGUACCGUAUGGAUGUCUGGUAGUAAUAUAAGUAUCUGUCCUAGGGUGUUAUAACUAUUCAGUGAUAACCAUUUAGUAUGUGAAAUGGACUCGUAUGUGUAUCCACCAUAUAUUUUCGAUGUUGGAUUUGGUGGUUGUUGAUUUCUAAAAAAAAUAUAUGGUAGCAUGCACUGAAAUUUUUCUACCGUGAUCCUUAAUCUGUUCGUUGGAGUUUCCAGAAAAUGUAUAUGAUGUUUAGAACUCAGAAACGAAAGUGCAACACAUGCUUAAUAUAAAUAUUCAGCACAGACGCACUUGCAAGUUGAUUGUUAGCUCAACAGAUGUCCAGUAAUUUAUAUUCUACCAAGUUUUAGAGGUCCAGCGAUGUUUUUUAAAGGUGGGUAGGAAGGAUACCAACGCCAAAUAUCCAGAUUUUAGAUCGUUUUACUUGUGGCCUUCAAGCUAUGCUUAAUUUCUUUCUUUGGAGCAAUGCCUCUGCUACAAUUAUCUUUUUGGCUCCAUCACGGAUGGUUUUCGAGUUUUUUUUGGCGUGGAUAAUCCCCUUGUUCGAGCUUCACACAGGAGGUUGAAAUGCUUAUGCCCGACCAAUCAAAUGUCUCUCCGGCUGUCAUUAUCAUCUCCUUCUUUGGCCUCAUAUAUGCAUACACAUCAUGUGUUUUCAAAUUUUCUGAGCAUGUCAUCCCUAAAAAUCUCAUAAAAUUCGGCUUUACAACUGUCAUCGCCAUUUCAGGCAAUUCCUGUCAGUGAGCUAUCUUCACUUAUGCCAUAACGUACUUCAUUCUCAACAUCUAUGAGAUGUUUGAUAUGAUUCACCAGAUACCUGAACAUGUGUGUGGCUUUAAUCAGUCUCUACACUUUUCCUGUUCCUGCAAUUUAUCAGGGGAAGCUCUAGAGGUUUUCUUGUUCUUUUCCUUUCUUCUCCUCUUCACCUCCAUUUCUUGGAUCCGGAGAAGAAUCGAGGAUCUGCGAUCUGGAACCUGAAAGCCAAUUACAGGGAGGUGCAGUGGGUGUGUGAAACUAAUAGGGAGGUGAAGUGGUACCGUUUCCCACCUUUCCCACUUAUUUCCUUGUUAGUGGCGUGGUCUAGGAUGUGAAAUAUGUGUGGUUUUUGUCUCUUACUGCAGGCCAUUUGUCUUACUAAAAACAACCUCCAGUCCGGAUCUCCCUAGGAGCUAUCGUGAUUCAUGAUCAGCUUAAAAUGUUUUGACUAACUUGUGCUAAAUUUCUCGCCACCCUUCAUGUCUAGGAUGCAAGAAGGGGGUAGCUGUGGGGACAGAAAAUGAAGGCGAAAUGAAUAAGAGCAAGGGGAGGGGGGUAGGGAAAUUAAUGCAAAAUUAAGGAAAAAGCUUGUGAUGGAGUCAACUGAUUGAUCUCUUUCCUCUAGUCGCGUUAGAUAUCCUCCCUUUAACGGGAGAGUGAACUACAUCCUCCUCAUCCUCCUGGCCCUCGCUUUCUCCCUCCCUCUUUAAAAGAACGUCUCUCUUUCUCAUCCAAAAGUCUGAUAAGAGAAGAGGACUGCAAUUGUGGACUGUAGCUAACUAGCGAUCAAUACACACACUCAACAAGUUUCUUAAAAAAACAGGGCUGGCAGAUCUCUUCGUCGUUCAUCCCCACUGUCUUAGUUCCAUGCCUGCCUGCUGUGGCUUCCACCCUCUCCCGUUUCUCUCCCCGCUAUUGGCAUGCUAAAAAAAUGGUGUCUUGCCACGGGAGCAAGGGUUGUCCCCAUUGGUUACAGUGGCAUUCCCCCUCCCCUCAUUUCCUCGUUUAUUUUUGAAGAUGUAAACCUGUGUUUCUGGGUUGGUAAUCAAUCUGGGGUUUCUAAUUAUGAUGACUUUGACCUCGUCGGCUUUGACUUGUUGAGAUCCACGGGUGGAUGAUCUUUGCUUCUGCUUGGCAUUUGUUCCAUCAGUUGGACGAAUUGAACCCAUCGUUUCCUGCGUAUUCAUCCUGGAAGAAGAUGUUUUUUUGAAUCCUUGUUCUCACGUUCUUGCAGGGCCAACGCGCAGCAGCCAAAGCUCUUCGUGGGUAUGAUUCUCAUCCUCAUUUUCGCCGAGGCGCUUGCUCUCUAUGGUCUCAUCGUCGGCAUCAUCCUCUCAUCACGCGCUGGCCAGUCUCGGGCCGAUUAA